UGUUUUCCUUUCACCAUGGAGUUCCCAUUUUUUCAUGGAAAGCUAACAAAAAGAACCUGUGAAGAACUGCUGAGCAAGAAGGGAAAGAAUGGCAGCUACUUAGUACGAGAGAGUGAAAGCAUAGAGGGAGUCUUGUGUCUCUGUGUUUUAUUUGAGAAGUGCGUCUACACUUACCGUAUCUUCAGGUCACAGCAAGGGUAUUUUACAAUACAGACUUCUAAAGGUUCGCCAGAGAAGAUCUUCAGAACAUUAAAGGAUCUCAUAUACAAUUAUGAAAAGCCAAAUCAAGGCCUAGUAAUAAACCUUCGCUACCCAGUGAAGAAACUAGAGGCCUCACACAGAAGCCAGAGGUUCAAGUCAGGAAAGGAUGGAGUUUAUGAUGAGAUCCAUGAGAGCGACUACAUCACAGUCUUUCCUUGA